AUGUGGAGGGAACUGAACGGCAAAUAUUGCCAUGGUAACACUCAGCGAGUUUACGAAGUUUUGACGAUGUCCGGCUUGGCACAUUUACAACAAGUAUUUGGGUUCCGAACAGGAAUUUCAGGAUCUGUUGUCUUUCAAGAUGAGCAGACGAUUGUUUUUCCCUGUGGUUCGAAUCUGGUGCUAUAUAAUACGGAACAGAAAACGCAAAAAUUUAUUGGGGGGUUGGAUAAAUCUACUGGGAUGACAGCGAUGGCUAUAAGUCCCAACAGACGAUAUGUGGCGCUAGGUGAAAAAACUGCUGAGAAACCGGUUAUAACUAUUUAUGAUCUACAAGCUCUUCGAAGAAAGAAAAUCAUAUCCUCCCCUGAUGUACACUCUACGGAAUUUGCUAGCAUAGCUUUCUCUCCUGAUUCAAAGUACCUCGCAGCUCAAGGUGCCAACCCUGAUUGGACCUUGGUUUACUGGUCCUGGGAAAAGUCAAAGCAGCUUGCGUGCGUUCGUACCUCUGUUGGAAAUCAGAUACGACAGAUUUCAUUUAAUCCACAUGAUUGCACUCAAAUAUGUGUGAUAGGGUCAGAUAUAUUCCGACUGUAUAGGUACGGCGAUGGUAACCUCAAGCCCUACGGAUUAACCAAGGUCGAGCCACAAAACUUCUUAUGUCAAGACUGGGUGACGGAGGAAAAGCUUGUUGUUGGAACAGAAGAAGGCAAGUGGAUUUUACUAGAAAACGGGGAACCAAAAUUUGAAUACAAUGUGUCCUCGCUGGUAAAACCUGGCGACAACUCGAGAUCUAUUUUAGAAACGAAGGACACUGAAAUCUCCGGGGAUAAGCCGGAACGCAGUAUCACAGCGAUUGUUGCAACCAGCAAAGGUCUGGCAGUUGCCUGUUCACCUGGCGUGGUACACUGGUUUGAAAAGAAUGAGGAUCUACCCAGUAGAGGUACACACAGUGCGCCUACACUCAAUUUGACCGGACAAUCAUCCAAGGACAUCUACAGACUAGUUCGCAGUAUCCAUGUACCAGUGGAUCCUACAAGUAGCUCGGAAGCGGAUCGUUUGAGCAACCAAAAAAUCACCCAUUUGGUAAUCAGUCCGUCUGAAGAACUUAUGGUAGCGAGUACCGACGCACAUCAGCUCUACAGUUUUAGCCUGAGUAGCUUUGAAAUGACAAUGAAGAACACGGAACUAUUACAGAAGAACUUUGCUGGGGGUCCAGUUAAGAACCAACAGGUGCCUUAUGAGUCGCUGACAUUCGAACCGGUCGCUCAAGCAUUCCACCACGGACAAAUCCUCGGAAUGGAUACUUGUAUUCGAAAACCCUUGAUUGCUACUUGUGCAGCAGACAGAUCAGUACGAAUUUGGAACUUCGAGUCAAACUCUUUGGAACUGUGCAAACAGUUUGCUGAGGAGGCGUACAGUAUUGCUCUUCAUCCGACUGGGCUGUAUAUCCUUGUUGGAUUUAGUGACAAGUUGCGGCUGAUGAACUUGCUAAUUGAUGAUAUUCGUACCUUCCACGAAUUUCCCAUCCGCGGAUGUCGAGAGUGUGCUUUUAGCAAUGGCGGACACCUGUUGGCUGCUGUGAACGGAAACGUGAUUCAAAUAUUUUCUUUGACGACGUUCGAAAACGUAACCAACCUAAAGGGACACAAUGGAAAAAUUCGCUGUAUUGUCUGGUCUCAUGACGAUAAUAAGUUGAUUUCUUGUGGAAUGGAUGGUGCUGUUUACGAAUGGGAUUCACAGAAGGGAACACGAACCGGAGAAAGUGUACUGAAAGCCUGCAGUUACACCUCUGUAACUGUAUCUGCGGACACAAAAACGACGUACGCUGUUGGUUCCGAUAAGUCGUUGAAAGAAAUCGUCGAUUCACAAAUUACACGAGAAAUCACGUCACAAGAAGACUUGCUGACAACCGUGGUAUUGUCUCGCUCCGGGCGUAUGUUGUUCUGUGGCUGUCAAUCUGGCCAUCUGCGCUCGUUUGUGUUUCCUCUGACUGACAAACCGGAAUGGCAGGAUUUCAUAGGCCACUGUGCACCAAUCACAAAAAUGCAACUGACAGCAAACGACGAGUUCUUGGUCACGGUCUCUGAUGACUGCGCCGUCAUGGUUUGGCGUCUACAAGAACGCGAUGCUCGAGUGGGAAAAUCGGAGAAGGAGACGACAUGGGCUGAGGAGAUCUUGAUCACCAAGUCGGAUCUGGAGGAGAAAAAUGCAAUCAUGGCAGAGCUGAAAACCCGAGUUGAUGAACUGAAAAUGGAAAAUGAGUAUCAGCUGCGACUGAAGGACAUGAACUACAACGAACGAAUUAAGGAACUAACGGAAAAGUUCAUCCAGGAAAUGGAGACACUGAAAACAAAGAAUCAGCUGCUGAGAACUGAGAAGGAACGAGACGCUGCCCACCAUGAGGUCCAACUCCAGGAAGUCAUGGAGAAACAUAGUCGUGAACUGCAGGAGUUGGAGUCCGUUUCAAAUAGCAAAUUAAUGACAGAAUACGAAAAGUUUCAAGAGUUACAGGGAGCCGCCCAGCGAAAGGAAGAUGAGUAUGACAAGAAACUGAAGACGAUGGAGGAAUCACGUGAACGCAUGUUGGAAGAGUUGAACGAAUUUUAUGAUUCGAAACUGGCUGAGAAAAAUGCUGCAAUGGAGAAUUUAAGUCGCGAAAUCCGAGAACAGACAUUAGAGUAUGAGGUAACCAAGCGCCUUAUAGAAGAAGAUGCCGAUAGGGAAAUUUUGGAGACCAAAAUUCGUUAUGAGCGACGCCUUAGGGAUGAGCGAGAGGCAAACGCUCGCUUGAAGGGGGAGUCGGGAAUCAUGAAAAAGAAGUUCAACAGCCUGCAGAAGGAAAUCGAUGACCACAAGGAGGAAUUGAAGAAGUUUCACGUGGAGACACAGAAGUUGAAUACGGUUAUCCGACACCUGGAGAAAGACAUUCAAGGUUUGCGAAAGGAGAUUCAGGAACGGGAUGAAACCAUACAAGAUAAAGAAAAGCGGAUAUAUGAUUUGAAGAAAAAGAACCAAGAACUGGAGAAGUUUAAAUUUGUUCUGGACUACAAGAUCAAGGAGCUGAAGAAACAGAUUGAGCCGCGAGAGAACGACAUUAAGAACUAUAAGGAACAGAUUCAAGAGAUGGAGGCUGAACUGGAGCGCUUCCACAAACAAAAUGGCCAGCUAGAACUGAAUAUUGCCGAACUAAAGCAGCGGCACAAAUGUGUGGAGAACGAGUUGGUCCAAGAACGUCAGAACACGAGAGAUCAAGAAGCGUUGGUGCGGCGGUUUAAGACUGACCUCUUCAAUUGCGUUGGAUCGAUUCAAGACCCUAAAGUGCUGAAGGCUAGCGUUGUUGCAUUGUACAAGAAGCACAUUCACGAAGACCUGACAGGUGAAGCUACGGUUGAUGCAGAUAUUCAGAAAGAAUUUGCUCGGCAAAGGGAACAUUUGGAGCGCUCUGUCUCAGGUUUGCGAAGAAAGCUAGCGAGAGACAGUGAAGUUCAUCGUGUUGGAUACGUGCGCAUCAUGCAAGAAAACGUUAGCCUAAUUGGUGAGAUCAACGAACUUCGACGGGAACUCAAACUAUGUCGCAACAGAAUAACAGAGCUGGAGGCAGCGUUAGGUCUCAACCGGAAGCAAGGUGAUGCCGCCAGGCAGCUGCUCUCUCAGGUUGCAAAAAAUCGCCCAAAUGCUGUGUUGGAAGCGGACUAUGAGCAAGCGCAGCGAGCACUUACAAUCCAACAAGAACUUAUUGUUCAACUACGUCGUAAAUUGGAGGCAUUGGGACAGAAUCCUAACAACGCUGAAGAACUGCUCUCUGAGCUGCAGGACCUCAUGAAGGAGCAGUAUAUGUCGGAGCUUGAUUUCAUUCCUACUAAGAAGACUCCCCUUCCACCAAUAGGAAGAAAAAAGUCGAUGGAAUAGGAUGAGCUAAUGGACUAAACUACGCUGAUUCAACGAAGGAAAUGCCAGAAACCGAAAACAAUAUGUUUGGUGAAUAUUUUCGAAACCGUCAUAUUCACUUUCAGCAUCCAGUGACAUUCUGCCCCAAGAUUCAC